AUGCACGGAGAAGUGCUCCACCACCUGGUCCGUCGCGGCUUCGAAGCCGUGAGCAUCAACGAGUCUGGCCAGACAGUCGUAGCUGAAAUCGACCCUCUCGAGUUGCUUCCUGUCGGCCUCACUGUUGCCCUGUUUGUCUUCAUCCUGGCUUCGGUCAGAUACACUAUCGGAGGAGUUGUCGCCAGUCUGGCCAUGAUCGAGGAUCGCCAAACUACCGUCGUUGAGACACGUACUCUCGCUGUCGAUGAGAAAGAGGGCUCUGACGCUUCUAUGGACAAGGCCCGCUUGAUCGACGAGGAAGUCAUGGUCAUCAACCAGAUCCCUUUGACGUCCAGCAUUCGCAAGACCAUCAGACACCUCGUCUCGGUCGGAGGCUUCAGAGCUCGCUGGAGAGGCCUUGGCUCUGCGCUCAUCUACAACCUCGUUCACUCGCUGUCUGUCAACUUCAUCGCCAUGUUCCUUGCUGCCUUCACUGGUCUGCCUGUUGUUGGCCGUAUCCUCGCCAACAUUGCUGCCAGCGUCUUGUGCGCUCGCAUCCACAUGGUCUGGACCCACGCUGUCGUUUCUGAGCCUUCGCCCUUGACCUGGGCUCAGCGUCUCUCCCAGACUGACAGAAAGACAUGGCGUGCUCUGGCUCUGCCCACCUUUGUCCACUCCAUUGCCGAGCUUGCCACCUACGGUCUGCCUCUCGCCAUGUUCCUUUUCGUCGGCCCCGAGAUCACCAACGACAUGGACAACGAGUACUUGCUCGUCCGAGGUGCCAUGUCUCUUCUUGCCUUUGUUAUGCUCAACGUCCUCAUCCUCCUUCCUGCUACCGUCACCCUUACCCGCAUCGAGGCCAGUUUCUUGCCUGAGGACACCAACACCAUUGUUCCUUUCGACCGUACCUUCAAUGGUGCCGUCAACAUGCUUUCUCUGGACAGCCGUGCUGGGCGCAAGAGCCUCUUCGUCGAGGCUUGGCGCUCAUUCGACAUGGCCAGCAGAGUUCGCCUGGUCAAGUUUUACGUCAAGGAAGCCGGCAUCGAGCUCUUCUUCAUGGUCACUGCUGCCAUCGCUGUCGGCAGCCAGAUGCUCGUCUUGUAA